AAUUAAGGACACAUCACAAAUUGCCUUGGAUCAUCAUUCCAGCGGUGAGCACGAUCGAGUUGCUCGAAAGCGUCAAGAUCAACCAAGUUACCGAUUUAUGAGGAGGUUUACAGAACUAUUAUUGAACUAUGUCUCUCUAUGAUGGACUGGGAGUGGAUACAGGACCGUCUAAGAAGGACAGCUCUGCUGGUGAUAAGAAAGGAGAUGUUUCUGGAUGGUCAGCUGGCAUCAAGAUGAUGCAGUCUCAUCUUCGCAUGAAGAAGGCUGCUUUAACCGAAGCCCAACGCAAAAUGAAACAGCCAUCUAGCCGUUCAGUUCUUGACCCCAAGAAAGUACCACCACCUGGUGUUGGUCCUGGACCUGCAAGUGGUGUUGGUCCUGGACCUGCAAGUAGUGCCAGAUCAAUUGGUGAUGGAGGUGGAAGGGAUGUUAGUGGAAGGGAUGCUGGUGGAAUAGAUUUAGGUGGAAGUGCAGGAUUAUUAGAUGAUCAUUCUCGAUUCAAGCCAUCUAAUCUGCCACCAUCAAGAACAUCAUCUUCAUCUGUACCAAGAUUGGCUCCUUCUUAUUUGCCAAGUAAUCUUGGUUCAGACGGUGAAAACGAAUAUGACCCAGCUUAUCCAAAUGAAUAUGAAAAGGUUGCAAAGAAGUUAAGAGAGAAGAGGGAAAGGGAGAGGGAUGAGCAGGAUAGAAGAGAAAGGGAAGAGAGGAGGAGACGUCGUGAGAGAGAACGAGAACGAGACAGGGAAAGGGACCGUGAGCGUGAUAGGGAACGCCGUGAGCGUGACCGGGAUAGGGAUAGAGAUCGAGACAGAGAACCACAGGGAUUUUCCAGACGUCCAGCCAGUGAUGAUGAAGAUGAUGAGAGAGACAGGGAGAGGAGAAGGAACACUGCAAACAGAGCUGCUAUUGCCCCACCAUCCUCACUAAUCAAUGAAGAUUCCAAACCUAAAGAUGAUGGAUUUGCAGCUCCUCUUCCCCCUUCAAGAGAUAGACCUUAUGCAGAUAUGAUGAAGAGAAAGAACCAAGAUCCAGAUGAUCCAGAAGGUGCCAAGACACCUCCAAGGAUCAGUGAAUUUGCUCCACCUCCAGAGCAAAAUACAUUUGUCAAACCACCUGCACCAAAACUAAACUUUCAGGUCCCAGUGGGGCUAGGUACUGACUCAGUGGCAAUGAAAAUCAUGACUAAGUAUGGUUUCAAGGAAGGAGCCGGGUUAGGCAAGUCAGAGCAAGGAAUUAGUACAGCACUACAGGUUGAGAAGACAAGCAGAAGAGGAGGAAAAAUCAUCAAUAAAGAUAAAGAAGUACAAGAGCAAGCUGUAAUGCCACCUCCGUCGAUGCCUCCCCCAGCUGCUCCCAAGUCUGGUCCAGCACCCAUCACAGAUGUUCUUAAGAAUCCAACUAAGAUCCUUCUCUUAACGAAUAUGGUAGGACCUGGUGAGGUAGACGAUGAACUUGAACCAGAGACGGCUGAAGAAUGUUCCAAGUAUGGAGAGGUUGUCAAGGUUCUCAUCUAUGAGGAUCCCCUCAAGCCUGACACUGAAGCUGUGAGGAUAUUUGUAGAAUUCACAAGGGUGGAAGCAGCAGUAAAAGCUGUUGUGGACUUGAAUGGCCGUUUCUUUGGAGGUAGAAUUGUGAAGGGCUCUUUCUACGAUCCGACAAAGUUUGAAAAAUUUGAACUCACAGCGUGAUCAUGAUUAAAUGAGGAAAGAAAUUCAACUAGACCAGUGACAGUCAACAAACCCCACAUAAUAUUUAACUGCUGGGACUGACCUCUAUGUUUGAGCUUGAAACUGAUAAAAAGGGAAAUCCAAACCCAACCAAAGUCUAAAUGAUUAAGUUUAUAAAUUACAAAAUCUGUAGGUGAAUUUAUUUUGCCAAAACUUUGCUGCCAGCAAAUGGUCAUGAAUGUGCAUGUAUCAGACACCUCAAAGUGGAAAAAUCCAGCAUGUUCCAAUGUUUUCAUUUCCCUUUUUAGACGAUUUACAUUUUAUUAUCAAUAAUGUCUAUUGAGAAAUUCAACAUGUUUAAAGCCAAUAUGGAGAAAUGGAAUUAGUUCUAUUUUUGUACAUGAAAUCAGGGAGAAGUUGCCCUGUAGCUACGUCACAGUCCAUUCAGUAAAUUGUCAUUUCAAAAUGAACCGCUCAAAUAUUAGUAUUCUUCAUUAUUAUCUCCAUCCUAAUUUACACAAAUUUAUCUUACUAUUUUAAGUCUUGCUUGCUUAAACAUGAAAUAAGAAUCCCCUUGAAGUGUUUCCUAACCCUUACCAAUUUAAAAUGCUCAGAUUGUCUUUUCAUAUCUCUUAAUAACAAUAUCCUUUUGACCAUCAAAAUUAGAUAUGCUGCUCAGAAUUUCUGAACAUGUCACUGACAUACAGCUUUAGAUAGCAAUCUUCAUGACCCAUUUGGGAUUUGCUCUACUGAUUGAAGGCCACCCCAAAAAGCUAAAUUAUUGAACAAAUAGAUAG